AUGAGUGACAACGCCACUGCACCAAACGUCCCAGGUUAUAACAUCCUGACCCUCAUCAAGCGUCUUGAGGCCGCCACCUCGCGUCUUGAAGAUCUCACUGUCUACCAGGCCGACUCUCUCAAGGCAAUUGCCGAUAGCGCCCGCAAGGCCUCUAUUGAGAGCCCUGAUUCACAGACCGCAAAGGAAAUCCCAGAUGCCGGUGCUGCCGGUGCUACUGCCGCCAGUUCUGGUGCUAUUAAUAGCACCUCCCCUGCUGCUGCUGCUGCUGCUGCUGCUGCUGCUGCGGCUCCCGAGCCCCCCAAGGAGGUUGUUGAGCCGGACUCCCCCUCCAUUGUCGCUUUUGACGAGUUUUCUAAGGAGUUUGUUGCCCCUUACACUGCUGCCAGUAAGUCUAUUGGCGAGCUUGUUGAGAAGCAGGCCCAAAACGUUGAAGCUGCCAUCACUGCUACCCGCAGCUUUUUGCAAAUCGUCUCUAAAUCUAAGAAACCCGCUCUUGAUAACCCGACCCUGGCCGAGCAGUAUGCCACCAUUAUCAAGCCCUUGACCGAUGCUGUCAACAUUAAGGACUCUAAGGAAGCGCGUAUUUCUAAACUGUCGAACCACCUCGCCACCGUGGCUGACGGUGCUUCGGCCUUUUCGUGGUUUUCUGUCGAUAAGCCCGCCCCCUUCAUCGGCGAGUUUAAGGAUUCCGCCCAGUUUUUUGCCAACAAGGUGCUUAAGGAGUAUCGCGGUACCGACCAGCAACAUGUCGACUGGGUCCAGUCGUUCCUUAAGAUGCUGACAGGUCUUCAGGCCUAUGUCAAGCAGUAUCACACCACGGGCCCUGCUUGGAACAGUAGUGGCGUAGAUAUUGCCGAGGCAGUGGCCUCCAAAAAGAGCGCACCUGCUCCUGCUGCCCCGACAGCUGCUCCAGCUGCUCCGGCUCCCCCUGCUGCUGGUGGCCCACCACCUCCUCCCCCCCCUCCUCCUCCUGAGUUCUUCCUGGAAGAUUCCUCAUCUGAGUCUUCUGCACCUGCUUCUUCCGGCGGCAUGUCUGCUGUGUUUGCCGAUCUUAACCGCGGCGAUAUGGUGACCAAGGGUCUCAAGAAGGUCGAUAAGAGUCAAAUGACCCACAAGAAUCCGGAGCUGCGCAAGCAGUCUAGCGGUUCUAUCCACAAGCCUGCUCCUCCCAAAAAGCCAGCUUCCCUGUCAACCCACAAGAACACCGAGACUAAGAAGCCCGCACGAAAGACUCUUGAGGACGGCAAAUGGUACAUUGAGAACUUUGAAAAUGAGUCCAGUAUCAUCAUCGAGGCUGAAAUUUCUCAGUCUAUCUUCAUUGACCGCUGCGUCAACUCCACCAUUCAGAUCAAGGGAAAGGCCAAUGCCAUCACAGUCAAUUCGUCUACCGGUGUCGGCGUGCUUGCUGAAUCUCUUGUUUCUGGUGUCGAUUUUAUCAAGUGCAAGAAGUUUGGUUUCCAAACAACAGGUGUUAUCCCCACCAUCUCGGUCGACCAGUCCGACUCUGGUAACAUCUACUUGUCCAAGGAGUCUCUAGGCAUUGAGAUUUACACCUCGCAGUCUACAUCGCUCAACAUUGAUGUUCCCAAGGAAGAAGAGGGUGAUUUUGAUGAGGUCCCUGUUCCUGAGCAGUUUCUCCAUAAGAUUGGCCCUAAUGGCAAGCUUGUUUCUUCUAUUGUUGAACACUCUGGUUAA